GUUGAAAAAGCAGCUGACGCUAUAUUAAAGUAUGUCUCGUCAAAGACAAAAACAAAACAAACUGAUGACAUAGAACGAAAGAAAAAUUUACUACAACAACCACAAAGUUUAAUACCAAAUGUUGAAACAGUAUGGCUACAAGUUGCCACACAUCGAUUUUCACAACUGUCAAAGAAUAUGCCUGUAAGAUUACCAUUGAAACAUCCGUUCUAUGGACCUGAUACAGAAAUUUGCCUGAUCACAAAGGAUCCGCAAGAGGAAUUCAAAAAGUUGUUGGUCGAGAAAGGGAUAAAACGGAUCAAUAAGGUGAUUGGCAUUUCUAAACUACGUACAAAAUACAAGCAAUACGAAGCACGAAGAAUUCUUUGUGACUCCUACGAACUAUUUCUAACCGAUGAACGUGUAAUUCCGCUUCUUCCUAAAUUACUGGGAAAAUGUUUCUUCAAAAAGAAAAAACAACCGAUACCAGUGAAUUUGAAAUCUAACAAUUUAAAAAAUGAAAUUAAUCGAGCGUGUAAUUCAACUUAUUUACAUUUCACCCCCGGGAAUUGUUUUUCAGUAAAAAUCGGCAAAACAACAAUGUCAUCUCAUCAAAUCUAUGAGAAUAUCAUGGAAGUAGUACCACACCUUGUCGAAAAAAUGCCAAGGAAGAAACGAAAUAUUAAAUCGCUUGGAGUAAAGACUGGUGAUUCGGUGCUUCUUCCGAUCUAUAAUUCACCUCUAGCUAACGAAUAA